UUGUUAUCAUUGCUCUAAUCUAUAUGUGCAUUCUCAAGUCGCUGAAGUUUCGUAUUGGUUAUGCUUACAUAAUGAAACUAAUCUAAUCCAAAAUUCUACUCAUUUUUUUAGUUUUUCUCUAAUUAAUCACAAAGUCUACAAAAUCAUACGAGAAACCAAGUUGAUGUAAACUUGGACAAAAUUGUCAUCAAUGAUGUCAGUGGAAACGGGGCAUGAUUGUUUGCACUAUGAUUCCGAUGAAGAAACCUCUAGUUGCUCUUGCGGUUUCAUUGGAUUUCGGAGAAACCAAGUGUUUGAUUGCAGCACCAACGAGAUAAACAAUGAAGAUUCAGAGGAGCUAUUUGAGAUCAAUCUGAAGGAGCAAUUGGAUACAAUAUCAGAAGAAGACUGCGAAAGCAGUGUGUUCUCUUUUGAUUUUCAUAACGACAAAGAUGUUGUUCAUGUUGCAGUGGACCACGUUGGGGAAUCAAGCAUGGAAGCACUUUUAUGGACUUUGAAUCAUGCUGUCACACCCUCUACCACUGUCUAUCUCGUACACGUUUUCCCUGAAAUCAGGCUCGUCCCAAGUCCAUUUGGGAAAUUUCCAAGGAGUCAUGUAAAUCCAGAAUAUGUUAACUUUCACUUGACACAACAGAAAAGCAAGACAAAAGUGCUCCUUCAAAAGUUCAUUGACUUGUGCCUUGAUUCAAAGGUUAAGGUGGAGAUUAUGCUUAUUGAGGGUGACAACAUUGCCAAAGCUAUAACAGACCAUGUUAGAGUUCAUAGUAUAAGGAAAUUGGUGAUUGGAAUUACCAAAUCUAAUUUAAGCAAAUCUGUCUCUAGAAGGCGAAAUGCCAUAGCAAACAAGGUCCUCAAGAACGUACCAGAAAUUUGUGAUAUUAAAAUAAUAUGCGAUGGAAAAGAAGUGAUUGAUCAGAUGAUAGGUUGCAACUCAUCAUAUUCCAGUGACAGUAGAAGUUCCAGAGUUUCACAAGAAGAAAAUGAAUCCUGUGGUUUUGUUCCUCUUAUGCGUUUUGUGCCAAAUCCUAUAUGGUUAUUUAGACCAAGAUUUUGAUCAAUGAAUAUGUAUAGUAACUCUUCUAUUUUUGUUGACCCAAAUGUUAGACUAGGAAUAAAUAGGAUUCAUACAGAACUUGUGUAGUAAUAAACCAUGUCUUAUAAUAAA